AAAAGCGAACGCACUUCCUUUCCUCGAACCUCGAGCGUCGGCGUCGGGUAUUUCGAAGAACGCCGUCCAAGGACUUGUUAACUUGUUAUGCUCAUGUGUUGAGAUUUGAAACCGGAUUCCGGCGGUUGAAUUAGUGAAUGCGUAAUAAGUUAACUCAUUUCUCGAGAUCCACGUGCUUCAAAAUGUCGUACAACUCGAACAAAAACUAUUAUGGAAAUAGUUCAAGAAAUAACCAUGGCGGAUUUGAAAGAGACCAUGAAGGUUAUACACAUGUUUAUACGGAUGGGGCGUGCUCAUCCAACGGCCAGCAAGGAGCUAGAGCUGGUUAUGGAGUCUACUGGGGAGACAACAACAGUUACAACAGGAGCCAGCCAGUCUCCGGCAGGGCCACGAACAACACCGCAGAAAUACAAGCUGCUACAGAAGCCAUGCGGACCGCGCGCGAAAAUGGAAUUACCAGACUGGCCAUAAACACCGACUCGAAAUUUCUCAAGGAUUCGGCUACUAAAUGGAUGCCUGGUUGGCAAGAUAAUGGAUGGAAGACUGCAUCUGGAGAGCCCGUGAAGAAUCAAGCUGACUUCAAAGAAAUGGUUCGGGCCCAGGGAAAUCUUGACAUUAAAUGGAACUAUGUCAAGGCUCAUGACGGAAGUCAUGGCAAUGAGAUGGCUGACAGGUUUGCUAAGGAAGGUGCUGCUAAAUAUAAGUAACUAAUGUUACACACUAUCUUUGCUUUUAUCUCUGUAUGGAGACUAAUUAUUAUAUCUAGAAUGUUGAUUUAAGCUGAGAUUUAUUCUAUAUAGAGACUAAUUGUAAGUGUUGAUUUUCUUCUCUAAAAAACUGUGGUCUUUGUACCACCAAUAUUGUUUGUUUCACAUUUUUUUAUCUUUUUAUUGGAUUAGUAUGUGGCUCUUAAGGGGCCCACUCACUAUCAGUCCGCCGUAUGAUAUCGGCCUGUCAGUUGUUAGGAACUGUCACAUUUUUGUUCUGACAGGCCAAUAUCGUCCGGCGGACUGAUAGUCAGUGGGCCCCUUUAGUUUAUUUUACCUCUGUAUGGAGACUAAUUAUUAUAUCUAGAAUGUUGAUUUGAGCGGAGGUUUAUUCUCAUAGAGAGACUAAUUGUAAAGGGUGAUUAAAGCAUAAAGAGCUUCUCUAAAAAACUGGUCUUUGUACCACCAAUAUUGUUUGUUUCACAUUUUUUAUCUUUUUAUUGGAUUAGUAUGUGGCCCUUAAGGGGCCCACUGACUAUCAGUCCGCCGUACGAUAUUGGCCUGUCAGUUGUUAGGAACUGUCACAUUUUUGUUCUGACAGGUCGAUAUCGUCCGGCGGACUGAUGGUCAGUGGGCCCCUUUAGUUCAUAACAGUGUCAAUAUGCAUGUAAUAUGCAUCAAAUAGAACAACCAAAAAUUGUACCAAUUAUAGAUGAUCCAUCUAUUACAGAGUUAUAUCUAUCUUUGUUAUUAUGAUUAAAAUGUUUAAAAAGACUGUGGGUAAACGUAAAAUCAGUCUGUUUUUUGUAUGUACAACUGAUACCUUACUCCUCUAUUUUUAUAAUAAAUAAACAAUAUUAUAAAACAUUCACUUGUAUCUAUCAUCUCAUCGAAAUACAAUUAGCGCCACUUGCACCUGGAGUUACCAUGGUUACUGGUACAAUUCGGUUUAGGCGCACUUGCACCAUUGCCAUGGUUACCAGUACAAUUUGACACUUUGUUGACGGUUUAACCCAUGGAGACUAUAUAAAGGAGCCAAAUCUCUAUGUAUGAAAAGUGUCCAUCAAAAAACAGUAAUUAGGCGGCGCCACCAUACACCGAAAUACUACCAAAAACAACCUACGUAAUUUAGUCGGGUUAUUUGUUGCCUUAUAUGGUUCAUGUUAUACUCAUGUCCCAGAGCCUAACUAGCGCCACCGGAGAGAUUAGGAACUAUUAUUUAAAGCUGAAAGCGGUCACUUGCAACAAUUCUGCCAUAAGAGAUUGGCGUCCUAUAAAGGAGCCAAAUCUCUAUGUAUGAAAAGUGUCCAUCAAAAAACAGUAAUUAGGCGGCGCCACUAUACACCGAAAUACUACCAAAAACAACCUACGUAAUUUGGUCGGGUUAUUUGUUGCCUUAUAUGGUUCAUGUUAUACUCAUGUCCCAGAGCCAAACUAGCGCCAUCGGAGAGAUGAGGAACUAUCAUUUAAAGCUGAAAGAUGGUCACUUUUGCAAUAGUUCUGCCAUAAGAGAUUGUCGUCCUUUCUAUACCGUCCAUACUUACAAUAUCGAAAUUCGAAAGCUGUCAAAUUACUAUUUAAGUUAAGAUUGUUUUUUCUUCUUUUUUUUUGUUUAUAGUGUCACAUAAUAAAAAAAAGUUUGAUUAAAAGUCCGAGUUACUUUGGGAAUUAAUUGUAUCGAGCGAAGUGUCAUAAUUCGUGUCUCGGAAGCUGUGUUAUUAAAGAUAAUAUAAUCAAAAACUACAUAUAUUUUUUCCACGUCUACGAAUAUCAAAUAUCGUGUAGUAGGUAAGUACUCUAUAUUUUAACUGUUAAUAAUUUUUCACCUCAGCAGCUCGAAC